AUUGCAGAUUUCGGUUUGGCCAAAGAAUAUAUUGAUUUAGAUACAAAUAGACAUAUACCAUAUCGGGAACACAAAUCAUUGACUGGUACAGCGCGAUAUAUGUCUAUAAAUACACACAUGGGCAGAGAGCAAUCUAGACGUGAUGAUUUAGAGGCAUUAGGUCACAUGUUCAUGUAUUUCUUAAGAGGUUCACUGCCAUGGCAAGGUCUUAAGGCCGAUACACUUAAGGAAAGAUAUCAAAAAAUUGGUGAUACUAAACGAGCAACACCCAUUGAGGUACUUUGCGAUGGUCAUCCUGAAGAGUUUGCCACAUAUUUACGUUAUGUGAGGCGAUUAGAUUUUUUUGAAACGCCUGAUUAUGAUUUUCUGCGAAGACUGUUCCAAGACUUAUUCGAUCGUAAAGGCUACGUGGAUGAUGGAGAAUUCGACUGGACAGGGAAGACAAUGGUAGGCAGUAAACGUGAUACAAUUUAACAUUUACAAACAAAGAAAACAGCAAAAUUCAAUUAGUUUAACUAAAACAAACAAACAAAUCUGGGUGAAUGAAUGAUUGAAUAAUUGGGAAUAUUUAGAAGAUUUUUGAAUGAAUAUUUUUCUUAUAAGUUUUGGAGCAUUUACAGGAUUUGCAGUUGAAAAGAAUGAAGAAGUUUGUUUAAUUUUUUUAAUAAUGUUUGAAGAAAUUUUAUGUUUUGUUUUGUUAAUCCAAGAUAAAGGUCUUUUCUUUUGAAUCAAGUCAAGUAAUCCAAAAGCAAAAUGCAAACAAUUGAAAAACAGUUUUUUUUGUAACUAAAUUAAUAUACAUUUUAAGAAAUUUUUUAAACUUUUUUUAGUUUUAUUGCAAAAAUUUUAAUAUGUA